CAAACCGCCUUUAGGAAAAAGUGAACUCUGGGCAUCGUUUCUGCGUUACUGUCUGCCAGUGCAAGAUGAACACCAUUCUGCCUUGUCAAGACCAGUAUUUUUCAGGAGGCCAGAACUAUAACUGCCCGUAUUCCACUGCAACAUCAGAAUCUAGUGUUGAUGUUUCCACGGAGACUUGGGUCUCUUUCUGGGCUGCUGGUCUCCUGGACAACAGGGAGCCCCAACAAGCACCACAGGCACAGGAGCCGUCGUGUGACCUGAAUUUCCCUGCUCUGGACUCCUGCUCCUGGGAGGGAGCGCAGCUUUCCUCACAGCUCUACCGAAACAAGCAGCUUCAAGAUACUCUGAUACAGAAGGAAGAAGAACUUGCUAGGCUACACGAAGAGAAUAAUCACCUCAGACAAUAUCUGAACUCUACUUUGGUUAAAUGUCUUGAAGAAAAGGCCAAGAAAUUGCUUUCUUCAGACGAGUUCUCCAAAGUAUGUCGGAAAUUCAGAAAGGGGAAGAGGAAACCUAAAGAGCAAAGAUACUCUCCUCCUGAGACUCCCCACCCCAAAAAUGCCAAGAGGAACCUUAUCAGUGAGUUUGCAAACUGUGCAGAACAAUCUGGCCCCCCUGUGGAUCCCUGGGUCCUGCAGACGCUUGGGUUGAAAGACUUCAACACCAUUGACGAUGCUAGAUCAGCUAACUACAGUGCCCUCUCCACUCACCCCCAAGGAGUCACCAGUACAUUUUCCCACCUUCUUGGGGAAGCAGUUGAUUAUGACAAUGUCCCCAGGGAGGAUGUACCCAGUCACCAUCAAGGUGAAAGACCAGCCCUAGUACACAGCACUGCCAACCCCAGGGAAGAGCUUCACUACCUUCCACCACUUUCAAAUCCCCCAGGGAUGGUCCACAUGCUCCCUUAUCAGGAUGCGGAUGUGUCACCCAACAAGACAGAGAUGGCCUUUUCCACAUCCCUCAGCCCACACUGCAAUGUGAAGACUCAUUCUUUCCACCAGGGACAAGCUUUUGUGCGCAGAGACAAAGAGGGAGGCUGGAAGUUUACCUGGGUCCCUAAGCAGUCUUAGUCUCCCACAUGGAUCACAGAGCAUGGCCUGGGACUGUUUACAAAGGCCUCCCCUGCACUUGGCUGUGACUACAUGGAGCCCUGAA